AUGAACCCUACCAAGAUUAUCGCUCACCUCGUACUCAUCGCAGCUGCAAUGGGCAAGCUUGCGGAUGCUAGUAUUUCUAGCCAGCAAACGAGCAUCUCGAACGAAAACGUUUACACGAAGCCUACGGAAUCACCAGCGGCAACCUCUGCGCCGAAAACCCCUCUCGUGACUCCGCAUGUCACACCUGCGCUCAAAAGUGAAACACCGGUAAGCAGCGACCCUGAUGUGAAUCCGGAGGUCACGCCGAAAACUGACGCACCGGCAAGCAGUGAACCUGUUGUGACGCCAAGAAUUGCCGCGCCAGGUUCAACGUCUGUCGAUAGCGACAAACAUAACGAUCAUAAACCAAGCACUAUACCCGAAACCGCUGCUCCACGCGACACUACCGACAAAGAUAAAAAGAGCGGCGACGUUUUGAGCUCUGUUGAUGAAAAAAGCGGCGUUGAUCGCGGUAUUGCUGGUGGUACAAACGGCGGUAUUCCAGGCGUUGAUAACAAAGAAGCUACUUACAAAGAAGAGCGUGAAGGCGGUAGUAGUAGUGUUUCCGGUAGUGCCACCGUCGGUGUAUCUAGCGGUACAAACGUCGGUGACUCCGGUGGUGCAAGUGUUAAGGUCUCGAGCGAUGCAAACGGCGGUGAAUCCGCUGGUGCCAGUGAUAAGGUCUCGAGCAGCGCAAACGGAGGCGUACGAGGAGAUCUUAAUGGAAGCCCAUCUGGAGGCGCAAGCGGCGGCGUCGGUGGAGGCGUCGAUGGCGGUGUAUCCGGUAGAGCAGGCAUCGGUGGUGGCGGCGGUGUAGCCGGAGGUGCAAGUGGAGGCCUCGGUGGCGGUGUGUCCGGUGGUGCAGCUGGUGGCAUCGGAGGAGGCGUCGGCGGUGGAAUCAAGGGCGGCCUUGGCGGUGGUAUCGUCGGCGGUGCAGGUGCUGGUAUCGGUGGUGGUGCUGGUGCUGGCAUCGGCGGUGGUCUAGGCGCCGGUGUAUCCGGUGGUGCAGCUGGUGGCAUCGGAGGAGGCGUCGGCGGUGGAAUCAAGGGCGGCCUUGGUGGUGGUGUCGUCGGCGGUGCAGCUGGUGGCAUCGGAGGAGGUGUCGGCGGUGGAAUCAAGGGCGGCCUUGGUGGUGGUGUCGUCGGUGGUGCAGCUGGUGGCAUCGGAGGAGGCGUCGGCGGUGGAAUCAAGGGCGGCCUUGGCGGUGGUGUCGUCGGCGGUGCAGGUGCUGGUAUCGGUGGUGGUGCUGGUGUUGGCAUCGGCGGUGGUCUAGGCGCCGGUGUAUCCGGUGGUGCAGCUGGUGGCAUCGGAGGAGGCGUCGGCGGUGGAAUCAAGGGCGGCCUUGGCGGUGGUGUCGUCGGCGGUGAGGUGCUGGUAUCGGUGGUGGUGCUUGUUUUUGGAUCAAGGCGCCUUGGUGGUGCUGGUGGCAUCGGAGGAGGCGUCGGCGGUGGAAUCAAGGGCGGCCUUGGCGGUGGUGUCGUCGGCGGUGCAGGUGCUGGUAUCGGUGGUGGUGCUGGUGUUGGCAUCGGCGGUGGUCUAGGCGCCGGUGUAUCCGGUGGUGCAGCUGGUGGCAUCGGAGGAGGCGUCGGCGGUGGAAUCAAGGGCGGCCUUGGCGGUGGUGUCGUCGGCGGUGCAGGUGCUGGUAUCGGUGGUGGUGCUGGUGUUGGCAUCGGCGGUGGUCUAGGCGCCGGUGUAUCCGGUGGUGCAGCUGGUGGCAUCGGAGGAGGCGUCGGCGGUGGAAUCAAGGGCGGCCUUGGCGGUGGUGUCGUCGGCGGUGCAGGUGCUGGUAUCGGUGGUGGUGCUGGUGUUGGAAUCAAGGGCGGCCUUGGUGGUGGUGUCGUCGGUGGUGCAGGUGCUGGUAUCGGUGGUGGUGCUGGUGUUGGAAUCAAGGGCGGCCUUGGCGGUGGUGUCGUCGGCGGUGCUGGUGUUGGCAUCGGCGGUGGUCUAGGCGCCGGUGUAUCCGGUGGUGCAGCUGGUGGCAUCGGAGGAGGCGUCGGCGGUGGAAUCAAGGGCGGCCUUGGCGGUGGUGUCGUCGGCGGUGCAGGUGCUGGUAUCGGUGGUGGUGCUGGUGUUGGCAUCGGCGGUGGUCUAGGCGCCGGUGUAUCCGGUGGUGCAGCUGGUGGCAUCGGAGGAGGCGUCGGCGGUGGAAUCAAGGGCGGCCUUGGCGGUGGUGUCGUCGGCGGUGCAGGUGCUGGUAUCGGUGGUGGUGCUGGUGUUGGCAUCGGCGGUGGUCUAGGCGCCGGUGUAUCCGGUGGUGCAGCUGGUGGCAUCGGAGGAGGCGUCGGCGGUGGAAUCAAGGGCGGCCUUGGCGGUGGUGUCGUCGGCGGUGCAGGUGCUGGUAUCGGUGGUGGUGCUGGUGUUGGCAUCGGCGGUGGUCUAGGCGCCGGUGUAUCCGGUGGUGCAGCUGGUGGCAUCGGAGGAGGCGUCGGCGGUGGAAUCAAGGGCGGCCUUGGCGGUGGUGUCGUCGGCGGUGCAGGUGCUGGUAUCGGUGGUGGUGCUGGUGUUGGCAUCGGCGGUGGUCUAGGCGCCGGUGUAUCCGGUGGUGCAGCUGGUGGCAUCGGAGGAGGCGUCGGCGGUGGAAUCAAGGGCGGCCUUGGCGGUGGUGUCGUCGGCGGUGCAGGUGCUGGUAUCGGUGGUGGUGCUGGUGUUGGCAUCGGCGGUGGUCUAGGCGCCGGUGUAUCCGGUGGUGCAGCUGGUGGCAUCGGAGGAGGCGUCGGCGGUGGAAUCAAGGGCGGCCUUGGCGGUGGUGUCGUCGGCGGUGCAGGUGCUGGUAUCGGUGGUGGUGCUGGUGUUGGCAUCGGCGGUGGUCUAGGCGCCGGUGUAUCCGGUGGUGCAGCUGGUGGCAUCGGAGGAGGCGUCGGCGGUGGAAUCAAGGGCGGCCUUGGCGGUGGUGUCGUCGGCGGUGCAGGUGCUGGUAUCGGUGGUGGUGCUGGUGUUGGAAUCAAGGGCGGCCUUGGUGGUGGUGUCGUCGGUGGUGCAGGUGCUGGUAUCGGUGGUGGUGCUGGUGUUGGAAUCAAGGGCGGCCUUGGCGGUGGUGUCGUCGGCGGUGCAGGUGUUGGCAUCGGCGGUGGUCUAGGCGCCGGUGUAUCCGGUGGUGCAGCUGGUGGCAUCGGAGGAGGCGUCGGCGGUGGAAUCAAGGGCGGCCUUGGCGGUGGUGUCGUCGGCGGUGCAGGUGCUGGUAUCGGUGGUGGUGCUGGUGUUGGCAUCGGCGGUGGUCUAGGCGCCGGUGUAUCCGGUGGUGCAGCUGGUGGCAUCGGAGGAGGCGUCGGCGGUGGAAUCAAGGGCGGCCUUGGCGGUGGUGUCGUCGGCGGUGCAGGUGCUGGUGCUGGUAUCGGUGGUGGUGCUGGUGUUGGCAUCGGCGGUGGUCUAGGCGCCGGUGUAUCCGGUGGUGCAGCUGGUGGCAUCGGAGGAGGCGUCGGCGGUGGAAUCAAGGGCGGCCUUGGCGGUGGUGUCGUCGGCGGUGCAGGUGCUGGUAUCGGUGGUGGUGCUGGUGUUGGCAUCGGCGGUGGUCUAGGCGCCGGUGUAUCCGGUGGUGCAGCUGGUGGCAUCGGAGGAGGCGUCGGCGGUGGAAUCAAGGGCGGCCUUGGCGGUGGUGUCGUCGGCGGUGCAGGUGCUGGUAUCGGUGGUGGUGCUGGUGUUGGAAUCAGGGGCGGCCUUGGCGCCGGUGUCGUCCGGUGGGCGGCCUUGGCGGUGGUGUCGUCGGCGGUGCAUGGUGUUGGCAUCGGCGGUGGUCUAGGCGCCGGUGUAUCCGGUGGUGCAGCUGGUGGCAUCGGAGGAGGCGUCGGCGGUGGAAUCAAGGGCGGCCUUGGCGGUGGUGUCGUCGGCGGUGCAGGUGCUGGUAUCGGUGGUGGUGCUGGUGUUGGCAUCGGCGGUGGUCUAGGCGCCGGUGUAUCCGGUGGUGCAGCUGGUGGCAUCGGAGGAGGCGUCGGCGGUGGAAUCAAGGGCGGCCUUGGCGGUGGUGUCGUCGGCGGUGCAGGUGCUGGUAUCGGUGGUGGUGCUGGUGUUGGCAUCGGCGGUGGUCUAGGCGCCGGUGUAUCCGGUGGUGCAGCUGGUGGCAUCGGAGGAGGCGUCGGCGGUGGAAUCAAGGGCGGCCUUGGCGGUGGUGUCGUCGGCGGUGCAGGUGCUGGUAUCGGUGGUGGUGCUGGUGUUGGCAUCGGCGGUGGUCUAGGCGCCGGUGUAUCCGGUGGUGCAGCUGGUGGCAUCGGAGGAGGCGUCGGCGGUGGAAUCAAGGGCGGCCUUGGCGGUGGUGUCGUCGGCGGUGCAGGUGCUGGUAUCGGUGGUGGUGCUGGUGUUGGCAUCGGCGGUGGUCUAGGCGCCGGUGUAUCCGGUGGUGCAGCUGGUGGCAUCGGAGGAGGCGUCGGCGGUGGAAUCAAGGGCGGCCUUGGCGGUGGUGUCGUCGGCGGUGCAGGUGCUGGUAUCGGUGGUGGUGCUGGUGUUGGCAUCGGCGGUGGUCUAGGCGCCGGUGUAUCCGGUGGUGCAGCUGGUGGCAUCGGAGGAGGCGUCGGCGGUGGAAUCAAGGGCGGCCUUGGCGGUGGUGUCGUCGGCGGUGCAGGUGCUGGUAUCGGUGGUGGUGCUGGUGUUGGCAUCGGCGGUGGUCUAGGCGCCGGUGUAUCCGGUGGUGCAGCUGGUGGCAUCGGAGGAGGCGUCGGCGGUGGAAUCAAGGGCGGCCUUGGCGGUGGUGUCGUCGGCGGUGCAGGUGCUGGUAUCGGUGGUGGUGCUGGUGUUGGCAUCGGCGGUGGUCUAGGCGCCGGUGUAUCCGGUGGUGCAGCUGGUGGCAUCGGAGGAGGCGUCGGCGGUGGAAUCAAGGGCGGCCUUGGCGGUGGCGGCGGCCUUGGCGGCGGUGUAUCCGGUGGUGCAGCUGGUGGCAUCGGUGGUGGUGCUGGUGUUGGAAUCAAGGGCGGCCUUGGCGGUGGUGUCGUCGGCGGUGCAGGUGCUGGCGCCGGUGUAUCCGGUGGUGCAGCUGGUGGCAUCGGAGGAGGCGUCGGCGGUGGAAUCAAGGGCGGCCUUGGCGGUGGUGUCGUCGGCGGUGCAGGUGCUGGUAUCGGUGGUGGUGCUGGUGUUGGCAUCGGCGGUGGUCUAGGCGCCGGUGUAUCCGGUGGUGCAGCUGGUGGCAUCGGAGGAGGCGUCGGCGGUGGAAUCAAGGGCGGCCUUGGCGGUGGUGUCGUCGGCGGUGCAGGUGCUGGUAUCGGUGGUGGUGCUGGUGUUGGCAUCGGCGGUGGUCUAGGCGCCGGUGUAUCCGGUGGUGCAGCUGGUGGCAUCGGAGGAGGCGUCGGCGGUGGAAUCAAGGGCGGCCUUGGCGGUGGUGUCGUCGGCGGUGCAGGUGCUGGUAUCGGUGGUGGUGCUGGUGUUGGCAUCGGCGGUGGUCUAGGCGCCGGUGUAUCCGGUGGUGCAGCUGGUGGCAUCGGAGGAGGCGUCGGCGGUGGAAUCAAGGGCGGCCUUGGCGGUGGUGUCGUCGGCGGUGCAGGUGCUGGUAUCGGUGGUGGUGCUGGUGUUGGCAUCGGCGGUGGUCUAGGCGCCGGUGUAUCCGGUGGUGCAGCUGGUGGCAUCGGAGGAGGCGUCGGCGGUGGAAUCAAGGGCGGCCUUGGCGGUGGUGUCGUCGGCGGUGCAGGUGCUGGUAUCGGUGGUGGUGCUGGUGUUGGCAUCGGCGGUGGUCUAGGCGCCGGUGUAUCCGGUGGUGCAGCUGGUGGCAUCGGAGGAGGCGUCGGCGGUGGAAUCAAGGGCGGCCUUGGAGGUGGUGUCGUCGGCGGUGCAGGUGCUGGUAUCGGUGGUGGUGCUGGUGUUGGCAUCGGAGGUGGUCUAGGCGCCGGUGUAUCCGGUGGUGCAGCUGGUGGCAUCGGAGGAGGCGUCGGCGGUGGAAUCAAGGGCGGCCUUGGAGGUGGUGUCGUCGGCGGUGCAGGUGCUGGUAUCGGUGGUGGUGCUGGUGUUGGCAUCGGCGGUGGUCUAGGCGCCGGUGUAUCCGGUGGUGCAAGCGGUGGCAUCGGCGGUGGCCUUCGAGGCGGAGUUGGAGGCGGUGUAUCCGGUGGUGCGAGCGGUGGCGUUGGAGGUGGUGCUAGCGUCGGUGUUUCCGGGGUGCAGCGGGGGUCUUCGCGGAGGCUUCUAAGGCGGCAUUGUUGGUGA